AUGAAGCUGUCAAAUCAGUCCACGGUACCUGUUUAUACCAUCGCAGGUGCUUCGACUGCACGGCCAUUACCAGAGUGGUUGGCGCGGAAGAGGAAGCGCAGUCUGAAAAAGGACCCGGAGUAUGCCAGUCGCAUCGAACUGUUACAGGACUUUGAGUUCGAAGAAGCCAGCUCCUGCGUGCGUGUCAGUGAGGAUGGCGACUGGGUUAUGAGUACAGGAACGUACAAACCGCAAAUACAUACACAUUACUUACCACAUCUGUCUUUGUCAUACGCGAGACAUACUGAUUCUCUCAAUCAAACGUUCGUGCUACUAUCAAGUGACUACUCUAAAUCACUGCAUCUACAAACAGAUCGAUCCCUGGAAUUCCACACCGCUGGCGGCGUGCACUACCGGACACGGCUCCCUCGCUAUGGACGCGACCUGAAGUACAACAGGUCCACUGCCGAAGCUCUAAUACCCACAGUCGGUGUCAAUGCAGAAGGAAACGGCGAGGUGCACAGGCUCAACCUCGAGAUCGGUCGCUUCAUGAGAAGUUAUGAAGUGGACGUUGGUGGCGACGACCUUGAGUCACUCGGAGGUGGUGCGCUACAGGGUGGGAUCCAAGCCGGUGCUGUGAACUGUGCCGCUGUUGCCGAGGGUUCUCACGGCCUUCUCGCCUUCGGCACCUCGCUCGGCACGGUAGAAUUCUGGGACCCGCGUCUACGAAACCGCAUCAGCGCAUUAGGUCUCCCGUCAUCAGCCUUUGCUUCGGACGACGAAAUAAGAACCAGCAUUACGGCAGUUGAAUUCCAUCCUUCUGGUCUCAACUUUGCCACUGGCAGCAGUAACGGCAUAGUGCACACGUAUGACCUUCGCUCGCCGGUACCUCUAAUGCGGAAGGACCAAGGCUACGACUAUCCGAUUCAAACGCUCAAGUACCUUACCUCUUCAACACGCCCAUCUUCCUCUGCAGCUGCCGCAGAGAACCUUAUAUUAAGCGCAGACAAGCGCGCAAUCAAACUCUGGAACUCGGACACCGGCGACCAUUGGACAUCAAUGGAGCCUGCAGUGGAUCUUAAUUGCGUCGAGUGGAUACCCGACAGCGGCAUGUUUCUCACAGCCAACGAAGGCAGGCAGCAACAUGCAUUCUUCAUACCUCAGCUUGGCCCGGCGCCGAAAUGGUGCGCUUUUCUGGACAACCUUGUCGAGGAGAUGGCCGAGGACGCUGAAGAUCCUCAUGCAUUCAGUGCAGCUCGCACCGGUGCUGGUGAAGUGUACGAUAACUACAAAUUCCUCGAUAUGAGCCAGCUUAGAGAUCUCUCUCUCGACCAUUUGAUCGGCCAGACGAACCUGUUGAGGCCGUAUAUGCAUGGCUACUUUGUCGCGCAGAAGCUGUGGGAGCAGGCAAGACUGCUUGCCAAUCCUGACAUGGCUCAAGAACAGAGGCAGAAGAGCAUUCAGGCGCGCAUUGACAAGGAGCGUGAAAGUAGGAUCAGAGGGAAUAAGAAGGUGGCUGUCAAGGUUAACCGGAAGUAUGCGGAGAAGCUGGCGGCGAGAGAGGAGGCCAACGAGAGGCGAAAGGCGCAACGGGUGUUGAAGCAAGGUGGUGAUGAGCGUCCAGCCAAAACGGCAGAUACUGAAGCGGCCGAGAGUACAGAGUCGGUACUUGCUAAGAAGCCGGAGAGGUUGCUGGAUGAUCCUCGCUUCAGUCGCAUGUUCGAAGACGAGGAGUUCCAGAUUGAUGAAGAGAGCCGGGAGUUCGCGAUGCAUAAUCCCUCGACUGUGCCGGAUGCCAUGCCGAAGAAGCGUGGUCUUACCGCCGUCGAAGAAGAUGAGCUGCAGGAGAGAAGAGGCUCCGACGAUCAAAACGAGGACGACGAGGAAAGUGCGGACAGCGAUGCCGAAGCCGAGGCCGUAGCACUACGCGCACGACAGAAGCCUCGGCGAGAAACGGACGCUCAAGAUACACACGGGAGAAUCAGCAGUUCUUCGUACCAACGAGGUGGCAGUGGGAAGGCGAAUAAAUUCAAGCGACAGCAACCGCAGAUGCGCGUUUCGUCGUCGAACCCAAGCGCUCGAAAAAUCCAGCGUCCUUCGGACCGAAGUUUUGGUGAAAUGGCUUCAUCGCUACCAUUAAGGGAGCGCUCGAAUGGCGCCGCACAGAGCGGAAAGGGUGGCGUAGUUGGGGAGAAGGAAGUUACUUUCGCGCCCAGCCAGCCACAAAAGGGGAGACGGCCGACGGAUGGAGGGAAUGAAAGAACUAGUGAUAGGAGGAAGGACGUCGGGAGGGGAAAGGACAGACGGAGUGCAAGUGGCAAUGUUUUCCGCAAGAUGUAG